CCCCGCGGCACCAACGGCCAACGGCGCCACAGCAGGACCGGCCAGCCUGGGCGCUGCGGCUCGCACCCCUGUCGCCGAGUGGGCACCACCGCGGCCCGGCUCCGCUGGGAUUGCUGUGCUAUGCUUUGUAUGACUAAGACCUCUUACCAAGAAUACCUUUGCUUUGAUACUUGAGGACAAUCAGACCAUAAAGACACAAACUACUAAGGAGUGCUAAAGUGGCAAUGAAACAGCCCAGUAGGAAGAGGAAGCUUAGUAUGGAUUCCAAAGAGAAUGUGAAUCAGGAUGGAAGCUUGGAGCCAGCUGAAGAAGGAAAGCCCAGGGAUGGGGCAGCUCCUCUGAGUCAUGUCCCUUCAGCGGCUGCACAGGACACGUGGUCUUGGGGGCAGUACUUGAAAGAACAGAAGGCUGUAGCAGCACCCGUUGAACUGUUUUCCCAGGACCAAUCCUUUCCAGAAUACGAAAAUGGUUUUCAGGUUGGAAUGAGAUUAGAAGGCAUUGACCCCCGACAUCCAUCUGUGUUUUGUGUACUUUCUGUAUCUGAGGUGUGUGGUUACCGUCUAAGGCUUCAUUUUGAUGGUUAUUUAAGCUGCUACGAUUUUUGGACCAAUGCUGGUUCCCCUGACAUUCAUCCAAUAGGGUGGUGUGGAAAGACCAAACACGAAUUGCAUAUCCCUAAGGGUUAUAGAAAAGAUAAAUUUGUUUGGAUGAAUUAUUUGAAGGCCUGCAAAUACCAAAAUGCUCCCAAGAAAUUAUUCAGAAACAGAAGUUCUAACGGGCCAAUGCCUAAAGAAUUUCAGGUGGGAAUGAAGCUGGAGGCUGUCGACAGGAAGAACCCUUCACUGGUGUGUGUGGCAACCAUAGCAGAUAUUGUUGAGGACCGCUUGCUAGUGCAUUUUGACAAUUGGGAUGAUAUUUACGACUACUGGUGUGAUGUAAAUAGUCCCUACGUCCAGCCUGUUGGUUGGUGUCAGGAGAAUGGAAGAACUCUGAUAGCACCCCAAGGUUAUCCUGAUCCAGAAAAUUUUUCCUGGGCAGAAUAUCUGGAAGCUACUCAAACUAGUGCAGUUCCUGCCAAAGUAUUUAAAAUGCGGUCGCCUCAUGGUUUUCUGCCAAAUAUGAAACUUGAAGUUGUGGAUAAACGAAACCCCAGGUUAAUUCGAGUUGCUACGAUUAUAGCUGUUGAUGACCAAAGACUAAAGGUCCAUUUUGAUGGCUGGGACCACAAAUACGACUAUUGGAUGGAUGUAGAUAGCCCUGACAUUCACCCAAUUGGAUGGUGUGAUGUAACAGGGCAUCCACUAGAAGUGCCAUAUCGAGCAAACGAUGUGAAAAUCCUGCCAAGCCAAGCUGUCUGUCCUACUCCAGGCUGCCGAGGAAUAGGCCAUAUCCGGGGCCCACGGUAUUCAGGACAUCACAGUGCUUUUGGCUGCCCGUAUUCGGAAAUGAACUUGAAAAAGGAGACAACACUCCAUGAAUGUGUGAGAGAACAAACACAAGCAAAUUUGGAAUCAGACUCUUCACAUUUAAAAUUGAAAAAUCUCUGUAAUUUGAACUUCAACAGAAAACAUGAAAAGGUGAACAGUCAUCCCAGACAUGUACAGCAGGCAAAGUGUUUGAAAAUCAAAGAAAAAGAAGAUAAUGACUUGGAUAAUCUCUUCAGAGCACACUCGGUGGAGCAUAAGCAGCGGGCCCUGCACCAGUCCAUCUUCAUGACGUCUUUGUCCACCCACCCUUUCCGGGACCUCCCCCUGGGCAGGGAGCAGCACCGCAAGCUGCUUCCGGGCGUGGCCGACAUCCGGGCCGGCGAGGUGGCCAGAUGGACCGUGGACCAGGUGACUGAGUUCGUGCAGUCUCUGCUGGGCGGUGAAGAGCAUGCAAAGUGCUUCAAGAAAGAGCAGAUCGACGGCAAAGCCUUCCUGCUCCUGACGCAGACGGACAUCGUCAAGGUGAUGAAGAUCAAACUGGGCCCGGCGCUGAAGAUUUACCAUUCCGUCCUCAUGUUCAGGAAUUCCCAGGACCUCACUGAAGAAGAUGCUGUCUCAGGCCCAGAAGUCAGGGGCUAAACGCACCACCUGAGCUGCCACCCCGCUGUGACCUGGAUCUCUCAGCAAUAAAGUCGGCCCACACUGAUUUGAUUUUAAUGUCCCCACGGUCAUAUCCAUAUUUAAUCUGGACCUUUUCAAUGGCUGCAGCUUAUACGUGUAGAGGGUUUUGAUGACUGGCCAGUGUGGUGACACCGAGGCCCAGGUCUGUGAAUGUCUUUACCUUCAGCAGGUCCUUUCAGCUCUGAUGUGUUGCCCCAAACAGACCAAAGAAACCCACACAUACACCUUUAUUCAUCUCCCUUGCCAUUAAAGAAGCCAUUUCCCAUUUUGAAAGCAUAAAAUUCUCAAAUGGUAAAAUGUUAGAAAGAUGGAACUCAUAAAUACAUGGUUGGUGUUUUCACCAGGACGUCUGAGCUUGGCUCGGGCUUGCCAUCUGGGUGCAGUGAGUCUGAGAGACAGAGGCUGGUGCUUUAAACAGAUUUCAUGAGAUUUUUGUGUGCUUUACUCAGGAAUGUGUGUCUUUAAAAAAUAAUAAUGAGCACAUGUUUUCAUUUGUUAAUUCUUUUUGUUCCAUUAAUCGUUUCUUGGUUGGGCUCCAAAGAGUAGCAUGAAAGCAGCCCCAGCAUUCAGCAGGAGCUGGGGAGGCCCUCCUGCGGAUCCCUCACCAGCAGUGCCCUACAGGCUGUCUGUGGGGCCGCAGGGAGGCCUGUCCUGACACCUGCAUUAGCCAGUGGGCCAGACGCCUACCUGCACCGAAGUCCUCCUGGCUGCCACUCCCAGGGGCCUCACGAGAACGGGUUUGCACUGCAGUCUGUCUGGUGUGUGAUAAGGAGUGUGGUACAUGUGUGCACCUUUAUAGGGACAGGCCACUGAAAGGGAGGGGGAAUCUCUAACAAGGGUGCUUGCUAUCUGUUAUUUGUUUGAACACUUCUGAUUGAUCAGAUUUUACUUGUUUUGUGUAAGUGACUUUAUCUGAGACUUAAGUUACCCACAGGGACCCAGUCCCACUGUUUUAAACACAGCACCUCUUUGCUGACACACACCUAUAGUAAGAGCUGCAGGAGCUCUUGGGAGUGGAGUGCCACUGUUUUUCUUAGUGGGCAGAGGAGAGAAGUGGCUAGAAGAGACUCAGGCCUGACCAUACCCAUUUGCUUCAUUUAGAGUCUUAUGGUUUAAGAAAAUGAAUUCUGCUUGGAGAGUUUCUCCAAUUGUAGGUCGCUGAAAAAAUAUUUUCUAAGAGGUGUUGCAAAUACUACAUUUCUUUAGAUCCUUACUCAAAUGGAAUUUUAAUAAGUUAUUGGUUGAUAUAAGUUUUUGUUUCUGUGGACCUUUGUUUUGUUUUGUUCUGUACUCUGCCGUGUACAAUUAAAA